ACGGAAGAAGCAACGCAACACAAUAGCGAAGCAACUGGGCUGCGGGGCGGCUCCUGGAGAUCGAUCCCCUUUAAAACAGCGACCACCUUCCCCCUCCAUCCCCCCCGCUACGUCAACGGCCACAGCCCGGGGCUAAUCCGUCCGUCCGUCGCCUUUCUCCGACGACGAAUCGGGGGGGCUGGGCUCGGUUCUCGAGGGCCGGCCAUGGCAUUCGCCGCCGGGGCAGCGCGGCUCGCCGCCGCCGCCGCCCUUGUCGCGGCCGUGGUGGUGAUGCCGGGGCCGGCGGAGGGAGGGGUGUGCUUCCAGAGGAUAUUCAGCUUCGGCGACUCGCUCACGGACACUGGCAACUUCGUGCUCUCCGUGCCGGACGACUUCCCGGACCCCGCCAGGAGCCUCCCCUACGGCCAGACCUUCUUCGGCCGCCCGUCCGGCCGCUACUCCGACGGCCGUAACCUCCUCGAUUUCUUCGCUGAAGCUUUCGGGCUGCCAUACGUGCCACCGUACCUCGGUGGUGGUGACUUCUUGAAUGGCGCCAAUUUUGCAGUCGGAGGGGCAACUGCUCUCAACGGCUCGUUCUUUCGAGAUCUUGGUGUGGAGCCUACAUGGACACCACACUCCCUUGAUGAGCAAAUCCAAUGGUUCAAGAAUCUGCUUUCGUCUAUCGCUUCGUCAGAGUCCGAACACCGUGAUGUGAUGUCCAAGUCACUUUUCCUUGUUGGAGAGGUUGGUGGGAAUGAUUACAACCAUCUAAUUGUCAGGGGCAAAUCUCUUGAUGAGCUACACAAGCUUGUUCCUAAUGUUGUUGGUGUCAUAAGCUCAGCUAUCACGGAGCUUAUAAAUCUUGGAGCAAGGAAAUUAGUUGUUCCUGGAAAUUUCCCAAUAGGAUGUGUCCCAUUGUAUCUAGCAAUAUUUCCAAGCCAAAAGGAGGGUUAUUAUAAUGAGAAAACAGGGUGCAUUGAGUGGCUAAAUGAAUUCACUGAGUACCACAAUAGGUUGAUCCAGGAGGAGCUGGACAAACUCAGGAAUCUUCACCCUGAUGUAUCUCUCAUUUAUGCUGAUUAUUAUGGCGCUACAUUGGAUAUAUACCGUGCCCCACUCCAGUUUGGUUUCACUGUCCCGUUGAACUCAUGCUGUGGAAGCGAUGCACCACAUAACUGUUCUCCUUCAGUAAUGUGUGGAAACCCUGGAUCUUUUGUCUGCCCUGACCCAUCAAAGUACAUCUCAUGGGAUGGUCUGCACUUCACCGAGGCGACCUACAAAGUUAUUAUCCAAGGAGUGCUGGGCUCUUACGCCUUCCCUCCUCUUUCAGAAACUUGUCGGGGCGGAGAGUACAAAGUCUCCCAACUUCAUCAAUGUACAGAGAAUAAUCCUACGAACACUGUAACUUACGAUGCUAUGAGCUCUUUUAUUUGAUCAUGUGGGCUCUAGUGCACGUAGAGUUUCAUGGAGCAAUACAUAGAUGCCACAGGGUUCCAUCGAUCACUUUGGGGGGCUCUUCUCCAAGUUGAGAAGAGCAGUGGUCACGAAGCCUGUGCCGCUCCGUUCUGUUUGGCUGCUACAAGGAGAAGAAAUUUUGUAGAGCAUAACGGACAAACCACAGCUGCUGAUUCCAUUGCUUUGUCAGUCUCCUUUUAUAUUAGCAACUUACUGCAACAGGAAACGGUAAGUACAUAGUACGGAUUAUAUUGCAUUCUGCUCAGUGCUCAGGUGGCCAUGCUAUGUAGGAAACUGAAACUAGAUUUCUGAUCCAGCUCCUGCGGGCAAUGUAUUCAGUACUACAUAACAGAUAAAACUAAAAGUAUAUAUAUACUUCUUGAAGCUUGUUCAGCA